AUGUUCCGACAAAUUUCGGAGGAGCUAAUCGAUGACUUCUGUCAUUGUGGGAAGCCUACUGUGCGAAAGACGUCAUGGGCUGAUGGUAAUGCGGGGUGGAGGUACUCAUCAGGCGAAAAGUACCGGAUGAGCAUGUUGGAUGGGUGCACAUACCAUGUUUGGGUUGACCCUCCAAUAUGUUACAGAGCACAACAACUCAUUCCCGGGCUUCUGAAACGGGCCAAAAAGUUAGAAGAAGAUAUUGCUAGAAGGAAAGAAUGGGAGACGCUCAUUUUGUUUGCAAUUAUUGGUUUGAUUGUUCUAUGCUUCUUGAAGUGUAAAGAAAUUGUGCUGUCAACAAUUCAUGGACAGAUGGAGAGAGAGGCAUUCCCAAGUACACGACUCGCUCUGCUAAGAGGACCGACGCUAAAUCUGGAAGAGGUUGAUCCUCCGCGCUUCCCAUUUCGAAAGGAAUCACCUGUUAAACACAAGAUGCAGCAACUCAACACUGAUAACAACACUUCACACCCCUAG